AUGGCAGGAGGCCGGGGGAAAAGUCUUAUGAGUCAAGUUGUCGGUAAAGCGUUACAGCGGGAAGAAGAGAGACUGAGACGAGAAGCUGUUGCAGCUGGAGCCGGACCCUGUGGACCUACACGCGACCUCCAGCUAGCUCGUAGUACAUUGCCACAUGCCGACGACGAUGAUGACCACAACAACAAUCCCGAUAAUGUGGAUACUGACGAGGAGACGGAGGAAGAUGAUGAGCUAGAUGUAUAUCAGGGUCGUAGAGUUGGUCGUGCCUUACCCUUUCCGCAGCUGCCUGGUCCGGCGUACUUGGAGGGUCCGUGCGAGGGAGGGCUACAAAAUUACGAGUUUAUGCGAUGGUUCAAGUCGCAUAUAGCGAUGUACAUUUGGGAAGGAUAUGAGCGCCGUGAAACUACACGGUGCGAGUCGAGGAGCAAAGCACUCGAGGACUACCGCGGCCCGCACGAUAACACGAUGAUUGCGAGGCUGGAGGCAACAGGUCUUUACCACUUACAAGACUGUUUUCUAAAGAGGAUGAACAAGAACCUCAUGCUAGCUUUCGUGGACAGGUGGCAGCCGGAGACGAACAGUUUCCACAUGCCAUGGGGCGAGAUGACGAUCACGCUCCACGAUGUCGCUUUCAUCCUGGCGUUGCGGCUGGACGGACCGCCAGUGUCUGAAAUUCGCCCGGUAGAAGAGUGCUCACAGAGUCUUGCAUCUCUAUUGGGUGUCGGUCUGAUGGACACCAAUGAGAUGUUUCGAAACAAGGGAGUUGGUUGGGUUAAGGUGAGAGAUCAGUUGACCCUUCCCUCCACCACAGACGAGAAGAAGAUGAAGGGCUACUUGAUGUUUCUGCUUGGGUCUGUUUUGUUUGUAGACAAAACAGCGUGUAACAUGAAGCCGUGGUGGAUCCAUUUUACCAACGAUCUCGAUAAUGUCGGCAAGUAUUCGUGGGCUUCGGCAUGCUUAGCAAACAUGUACCGCCAAUUGGGUAUUGCCACCCGCGGUGGGAUGAACAGUCUCUGUGGAUGCGUUUGCCUCAACGUUUCUGUUUAUGUGAUAUAA